AUGCCAGCUACAACUACUGUAGUACUAUUAUUAGCAUUUGGUGCAUUAACAGCAAUGUUAGUAGGACAACCACCUGCUAUGUGCCAAUCUUCAUCUCAAGGAUCCUCUACAGCUCUUAAUUUGACUAUUGUAUUACCAGCUCUUCCUUUCAUACAUCCUCUUAAAUAUCCUAUAGCUACUUCUCUUCCUAUUGGUGAACCUUCUGCAUUAUCUGCUGGAUUUACUCCUUGGUUUUGCAAAGGAGUAAUAAAAGAUAUAGCAACUAGAUUUCAUAAAAGUUAUGUUUUAACUAAUAAGUCAUUGGCAUCAUUAGCUAAAAUGUUUAAGAAAAUUUAUGAUGAUCCAAAUUGCCUGCUUACCUGGCCUACAGUUUUGAUUAUAGACAAAGGCACUGAAUAUUUAGGUGAGUGCAAAGAUUUAUUACUUAGCUGUGGUGUAAAAAUUCAGUAUGUUGUAACUAAGAAAGGUGUUGCUAUUGCUAAACAUGAUCAAGAAUUUGAAAAACAUGCUUUUUAUAGACAAGAUGCUAUUGAUUUUUGUUUACUAUUAACUGAAAGAUGUAGAGCUUGGGUUAAAGGCCUUCGUAUAAAUGAUAAUACUUUUAAUAAUACUGUUACUCGAUUAAUACAUAUGACUUCUAAUGAAGCUGUAAAAAGAGCAUUAAAAGGUGAAAAAAUAUUUGCAGAGCUAGCAGUAAAACAUAGAAGACCUGUUAGAUUUGAUGAACCAUGUUUGUCAUAUAAAGAUUUUUCUCCUCAGGUUUAUCAGAUUGAAAGUACUUUAAUUCGUAAAGGUCAAUCAGUUAUAUAUAAAUUAGAAGAUGGGCCAGAAAAAAAAUUUAUUUGUGAGCAAUUACAAUUAGUUAAGAAAGUUAAACUUCCUCCCACAUGGGUGCUCAAAUAA